UUGAAAAUUUUUGUCAACACCGUUAACAGUGUGAGUUUCCUGUUUUGAGUAAAUUUUUGACUUAAAAUUAUUUUUGCCAGCUAAUUCUGUUUAUUAAAAUACUAUCCGUGAAAGAUAUCCUCAAUCAUAAAGAAAUGAUUAAAAAACUACUUUAUAUUUGUUUGUUAUCGUAUUAUGGCUUAUUUACGAUUACGAAUGGUGCUCGUAUACUAGGUGUUUUUGUGAUGAGUACCAAUAGUCACUAUGUCUUGUCAAAUACGUUAAUGAGAGGGCUUGCUGAAGCUGGACAUGACGUCACCAUGGUAAGUCCAUAUUAUGAUAAGAAACCAGUACAAAAUGGUACAUACAGAAAUAUUGUACUUACUGGAUUUGUCGAGGAAUACACAGUUUUUUCCAAAAAGAGAAAUCAUUACGAAGCUGAUUUUAUAAAUAAAGUAACUUACUUAUUAGGACUUCACAAUGCAGUAUUCCCAAUAAUAGAAAAAACUCUCCAGCACGACAAUUUCCAGAAUUUGAUCAAGUCAGGUACUGAACAGUUUGAUGUAGUAGUGGUCGAACAAUUUCACAGUGAUGCUUUUAAAGCCUUGGCUUGGUAUUAUAACGCCCAUCUGGUAGUUUUAUCUCCCGGAGCUUCCUCUUGUGGAACUAAUUCUCUAGUAGGUAGCCCGACCGAACUUGCUUACAAUCCCAUGCCCUAUACUAAUUUUCCAACAGACAUGAACUUUUUUCAAAGAGUACAUAACACCAUAAUAUACAGUUUUGAAUACUUAGCUAACCAGUUAUACUUUUUACCUCAACAUAACCAACUGAUUCAACAGCAUUUUCCUGGAUGUCCCGAUAUUUUUGAACUACUGACCAACGUUUCAUUGGUGCUUACUAAUUCCCAUGAAAGCUUCACCCCGUCAAAACCUCUGGUGCCCAAUUUGAUCAACGUAGGAGGAUUACAUAUUCAACCAGCAGGGAUCUUACCAGAGAACCUUCAACGAUAUCUGGACGAGUCUACAGACGGUGUUAUAUAUUUCAGUAUGGGUUCUCAUCUAAAGAGCAGUGGGAUGAGUUUUGAUAAGAUGCAAUACUUUAUACAAGCUUUUAAGAGACUAAAACAGAAUGUGCUAUGGAAAUGGGAGGCAGAAGUCUUACCAGGAAAGCCAGCAAAUGUUAGGAUAGAGAAAUGGGUACCGCAAAUGGAAGUGUUAGCUCAUCCCAAUGUAAAAGUUUUCAUUACUCAUGGAGGACUUUUAAGCUUUUACGAAUCGAUUUAUUGUGGAGUGCCGGUCCUUGCAAUUCCUGUAUUUUACGACCAAGCCUCGAAUGCUAUUAACGGAGUGCAGGAAGGAUAUGCUUUAUCCCUUCCGUACCAUGACCCUAAGUUCUCCGAAGAAGCAAUAUAUUCUUAUUUACAGCAGCUUUUAACAAACUCUAGCUUUGCCGAAAAUGCUAAAACGCGUUCCAAUAUCUUCCACGACAGAGUAAUGUCACCAAUUCAAACUGCAACCCACUGGAUCGACUACAUUAUCAGGCAUAAAGGCGCACAACACUUAAGAAGUCGAAGAUUGCAAUUACCAUGGUAUAAAUAUUUCUUAGUCGAUGUUGUAUUGUUUCUAUUAUUGUUUGUAUUAGCCAUUGUUAUUUUAGUCUCUUUGUUUUGUUUUCUAUUGUAUCGACUUUUAAGAAAACAAAAUAAAAUUAAAAUUAAUUAAGA